AUGUCUCUCCUCUUCUCCCACAACCCAUCACUUCUCUUCGAGAACUCGGCCGACACCACCACGGCUACUUCUUCCAUGCUCCACUACUCUCCCCCUAUAUCUCUAUCUUUUUCAAUCCGCCAAAGAAGAAUCAAAUCGGCAUUCAUUCGGUUCUCCUCAAACAAUCCCCCAACAACCCCUGAAUGGAACGCCACGGAUCAGACUGUCAACGACGACGAAGAAUCAGACGGGUCGCAGUUACCCACGGUCACAGACGAAUGGGGAGAGAAAUCUGAGCCGGAAAAUGAACCACCGACGAGAUUGUCAACCUCAGAUCCUCCCCAAAAUGAAGACGAGUGGGGAACCGGUGCUACAGAGCAACCGGAGGAAGAAAUUUCUGUUGCCGGUAACGGGAGUCAAACUGUGGAAGUGACUGCAGCUGAGGAUAAUGGUAAAAUUGAAGAGCUGAAGAGGUGUUUGGUUGACAGUGUUUACGGGACUGGUCUCGGAUUCCGUGCGUCGACGGAGGAACGGGCGGAGAUUAUGGAGUUAGUGACUCAAUUAGAAGCGAUUAAUCCGACGCCGGCGCCUACGGAUGCUGUGGAGCUUCUUGAUGGUAACUGGAUUUUGCUGUAA